AUGUUCACCCACUCGAUUCCGGGCCAUCUGCAGAGUGCCAAUCUCAAUCUUUCGGUUGGACCCAUGGUCGCUGGCCUGUCAUGCACCAUCCAGUGGCACAUCCCGGCCAUUCACUGGCUGUUCAAGAAUCUAGUCACACCUGAUGGCCCCAUCUUUCACCCUACUGUCCCUCGAGAAGGGCCCAACACGGAGAGUUUUCCUGUCUCUGGCGAACGCAACUGGAGAGCUCGUACCCAUUGA